AUCCAUCCAAACAGCAUAAAAAAGAAAAGAAAGAAAGAGAAAACGCCAUCAACUUCUCCAUUUGCUGCAGUUUGAAGCAUUUAUUGUAUUACUGCUAUAUUUCUCUUUUCAUUCUCUUUCCUCUUCUUUGGGUUUUCCUGUUUUUUUUCAGUUGAUCUUCCUUUUUUUUGAAUAUUAGGUAUUUCUUGAAAAUUGUUAGAAAAUGGAGAGGGACUUUAUGGGACUAAAUAUUAAAGAUUCUGGAGUUGUAGUGAAAGAAGAACCUAUUGAAAGCUCCAAAGAAACUGGGUUUCGCUGGCCGAUGUCGAGCAAGGUUGGUGUACCUCAUUUCAUGUCUUUGAACUCUGCUCAAGAUGUAAACCACUUCAAAGCUCUAUCUGUCACGGAUGGAGUCGAUGCUGGUUUCAAACGUCAGUCUGGUGAACUCCAGAAUGUGCAUGCAAUGCAUCUUCUGCAUGAUGUUAAGAUGCUUCCGUUUAACAUGAGCAAUCCCUCCUACAAGACUCAUUUUGGUGGUACUGGCCAGCAAUCUGCAGCUACGACGAUGAACCAAGUUCUUGGUGGAAUUCCUGUUACGGCUCCUCAUUCAAUGCUUCCAUCGCGUGGCUCUGUGGCUGGGACAACCGAAGCUUGGUUUAAUUCCAAAGGUUCUGCAGCACCUGCUCAGCUGACCAUCUUCUAUGGUGGGACGGUCAAUGUCUUCGAUGAUAUCUCUCCUGAGAGGGCACAGGCUAUUAUGUUUUUGGCUGGAAACGGUUGUACUGCUCUUAAUAUGGUGCAACCGAGGUUUCAACUUCAGGCAUCUGCACCCAAACCUGCUGCUGCGGAUGGCGUGUGUGUGAACCAAACCCCAAACAUGCUACCUGCCUCGGGUCUUUCCAGCCCGAUGUCCGUUUCUUCCCAUCCCAUUGGUCAAUCUGAUGGAAACAAAGAUGACAUGAAGAUAUCCAAGACUGCGAACAUCUCAGUGUCUCCCCUUGGCACACCGGAGACUCCGAAGAUUGUGACAUCACUAGGAGGACCUGUUGGGGCGAAUACCAUAAUGCCAGCAGCGGUUCCACAAGCUAGGAAAGCAUCUCUGGCUCGCUUUUUAGAGAAGCGGAAGGAAAGGGUGAUGAACUUAGCACCAUAUACCCUCAGCAAGAAAUCGCCGGAGUGCUCCACACCCGAGUCCUACGGAGUCUGUUUCUCCGCAACUUCCAGUGUCGUGACUAGUCCUCUUUUAGCCGGUAAGGAGACCUAGCAAUGAUCUCUCGAGGCUGCUUAAUGCCGUUAAUCAGAGAAGCAUAUCUAUUAUUAUUUUCAGCAAGUUUUAAGUCUCUGUAGCUAUCAAAUUUUUGUUGUUUUUAUUGUAAUGUAAAACUUUGGUUUAGCUCUAGCUAGACAUCCUAGUGUAUCCAAUUGGUUUGGUCUUUUGCUGUAAUUCUCUUUGUAUGGAUUGGACAUCUUCAAUUUGUAACUAUUUAUUUUGCUA